AUGGAGGCUUUCCCCGGCGGCACGCUGGAGCAGCACCGGCACCUCCCGCCCGGGGAGCGCCUGCCGGGCGCCCGCUACGGCGCCCGCGGCCACGGCGGCUGCGGGAACGUGUUCAACUCCUGGAACGACUACCUGGGGCUGGCCACGCUCAUCACCAAGGCCGUGGGGCCCGGCAAGGGCUUCGGCGCCGAGCCGCCCUCCGUGGUGGUGGCGGCCGCCGUGCCGCCGCCCGAGGAGGAGGAGGAGGAGGAAGAGGAGGAGGCGGCGGGGCCGUACUUCGAGGGCGCGCUGGACUUGCACGACCUGGAGCUGUGCGGGCACCACCACCACGGCGAGGGGCUGCUGGAGGAGCGCUUCGCCGAGCUCAGCCCCUUCCCCGGGCGCGGCGGCCCCGCCGCCGUGGUCUUCGGCUGCUCGGGCGAGCACGCGGGCCGGGAGGGCUCGCCGCACGCCUGGGGCGGGCUGGUGGUGGCGGGGCGGCUGCCGGCGCACCCGCGGGCCGCCGCCCGCCUGCUCAAGCCCGAGCUGCAGGUCUGCGUCUUCUGCCGGAACAACAAGGAGGCCGUGGCCCUCUACACCACGCACAUCCUCAAGGGACCCGACGGGCGCGUGCUCUGCCCGGUGCUGCGCCGCUACACCUGCCCCCUGUGCGGCGCCAGCGGCGACAACGCGCACACCAUCAAGUACUGCCCCCUCUCCAAGAUGCAGGCGGCCAAGCAGCUCAAACACGCCCGGACCGCGCUGGGCAGGAGGGCGCGCUAGGCGCCCCGCCGCCCUGCAGACCCCCCUCCUGCUCUCCUUCCUUUUUUUAAAGAUUGUCUUAAAAGCGGAUUACGUUUUGUUCUUUAACACGUUGAUAUGUUAAACGCGGAGACUAGAGUGCGAGUCCCCGGGCCCGUGUCUUGCAGCGGAUAGCUUCUAGUUUGUGCGCUUGGCGUGCAGGGAGCCCAGCGCGGAGCCUAACGCCUUGUCAUGAACAAAAGCACGUUAGAGGAAACAAUUAAAAAGUCUAUAUGCAAGCAGCUUACUGCGUUCAUCUGCCCCCCACAUGAAGACUGACAGGUUUCUUGUAGGCCCUACUUCAGCUGAGCAUGUUGACAAUCCUCAGCCUUUCUCACAAGUCAGGAGGGUGAGUCUCUGAGCUUUUCCUGGAGAAGAAAAUGGACACAUUCAUACCAUUUAACCACUACACUGUUUUAUUCCUGGAGAUUGCUUUAAUCAGGCAACAUCUGCAUCUUUUUAAAUAGCAGCACCAGCCCUGACUAGUUCUAUGAUC